AUGAAAUCUUCUUCCUCCUCCUCCUCCAAGCACCCAACAGAUGAGGACCAUAAACGCACCGCCAAAAAUUCACCUUCAUAUUUUCUGAUACUGCCUCUUUCUUCCCCUUUCAGUUUCAUCCACAGCGCCCCAUUUCUCAGACAUCAAACAAUUUCAAAACCCAACUUCCAGUCACUCGCAGCAGCAACUUCAAAUGUUAUUCGUGAAGUUCAAAGCUCCAUCGAUAAAUUUUUUAAAUUGCUAAAUGUUUUCGCGUCCCAGAAUGCUUUUGUUGAUAAAUUUCUUUCAUUUUCUUAUCGUCUUCCAAGUUGCUACCAGAUUCCACGAAGAAACUACCAGAAUUUGGACGUUUUGUCCCAUCAUAAUUUUGCUGCCAUUUUGCCGGGUGAUUCAGUGGCGGGAAUAGUGGUUACUAAUGGAAUUUUGAAUUUCUUAAACAUUUACAACACAUUGUUGGUUGUGAGGCUUGUUUUAACUUGGUUUCCAAAUGCUCCUCCAGCAGUUGUCAGCCCCCUCAUCACUUUAUGUGAUCCAUACUUGAACAUAUUCCGAGGCAUCAUUCCACCACUGGGAGGGACGCUUGACCUUUCUCCUAUAUUGGCAUUUCUUGUUUUAAAUGUCUUUACCAGUACAGCAUCUGCGCUGCCAGCUGAACUUCCAUCUUCAGGGCUUCAUCAGGACCUUUCAUCUCGUGCAACAGCAUCUGAGCGUACGACGUCACAGGAGAAAUGGAUGAGAAGGCUUGACCAGAACAGUUCAAAAAGAUCUGCUGCUGAUAAUUAA